AUGGCCAUAGAGCUUCCUGAGGAUUAUGAGAGAUUAGAGUUCCAGAGUUCUCCAGCUCCCUACGAAGUGACAGUGUUUGACACAUCCUAUAAUCCCAAGUUGAAGCUGGCCAUAGAGCUUCCUGAGGAUUACGAGAGAUUGGAGUUCCAGAGUUCUCCAGCUUCCUACGAAGUCCCAGUGUUUGACACAUCCUAUAAUCCCAAGUUGAAGCUGGCCAUAGAGCUUCCUGAGGAUUAUGAGAGAUUAGAGUUCCAGAGUUCUCCAGCUCCCUACGAAGUGACAGUGUUUGACACAUCCUAUAAUCCCAAGUUGAAGCUGGCCAUAGAGCUUCCUGAGGAUUACGAGAGAUUGGAGUUCCAGAGUUCUCCAGCUUCUUACGAAGUCCCAGUGUUUGACACAUCCUAUAAUCCCAAGUUGAAGCUGGCCAUAGAGCUUCCUGAGGAUUAUGAGAGAUUAGAGUUCCAGAGUUCUCCAGCUCCCUACGAAGUGCCAGUGUUUGACACGUCCCUGACAACUAAUCUCUCAGUACAAUUGGGAGGAACAGCAACCUUCUACUGCAGAGUCAGAAACACACGAGAAGACAGGGUGUCAUGGGUUCGAAGAAGAGACUGGCACAUCCUAAGUUCAGGGACGAUGACCUACACCAAUGAUGAGAGGUUCCAAGUCGUACAUGUAGACAGUACAGACGACUGGGACCUACAGAUCAAAUAUGUGCAGAGAAGAGAUAAUGGCACAUACGAAUGCCAGGUUGGGACCAAGUUUGGAAUACUCUCACACUACUACAACCUCCAUGUAAUCGUCCCUACAGCAUUCAUCCUGGGCAGCGGAGAAUAUCAUAUUGGGGAGGGCAGCACUAUCAGCCUCGUCUGUAUCAUAGAGAAUAGCCCAACUCCACCACAGUAUGUUUUCUGGUACCACAACGACAAGAUGGUCAACUACGACUCAGUUAGAGGCGGAGUCACUGUAGACACAGAGCCAGGACCCAAGACACACAGCAGACUCAUAGUCAACAAGGCUACCCCAGCGGACACUGGCAACUACACCUGCAGAGCUCCAAACACAGAUCCUGACACCAUCUACGUGUUCGUCAGUAAAGAAGGUGAGAACACUGCUGCAAUUUCGCGGCCUGACAGUGCAAGUAACUUUAGACCACUGCGAAGAUCGUCCCUCGCUUUCUUUUCAAUCUUCUUCAUUUUGUUUACCAAUUUGUAUAACUUAAUAUAAACACUU